CGGUGCGCAUGCGCACAGACGAACACGUGGCUGCCGCGGAGCCAGGGCAGCAAUGGCGGCGGGCGGCCGUGGUGUUGCAGACCCCCUGUCCCCGGCAGGGGUUCCUUGCGCCUUCUCCCCGCUGAACCAGGCCUACUUCGCUUUGGCGUCUGCCGACGGUCAGUUGCGAGUGUGGGAGACAGCCAACAAUAGGCUGCACCAAGAGUACGUGCCUUCCGCGCACCUCAGCGGUACCUGCACCUGCCUGGCCUGGGCGCCAGCGCGGCUGCAGGCCAAGGAAAGUCCCCAGAGGAAAAAAAGGAAAUCAGAGGCUAUAGGACCGAGUAACCAGAUUGACUUGUUGGCUCUUGGUACAGCAGUUGGUAGUAUUUUAUUAUACAGUACAGUAAAAGGAGAAUUGCACAGUAAAUUGAUAAGUGGUGGACAUGACAACAAGGUCAAUUGCAUACAGUGGCAUCAAGACAAUGGCUGUUUAUAUAGUUGUUCAGAUGAUAAACACAUUGUGGAAUGGAAUACACAGACAUGCAAAGUAAAGUGCAAAUGGAAAGGUGACAACAGCAGCGUCAGUUCCCUGUGUAUUAGCCCAGAUGGAAAGAUGUUGCUUUCAGCUGGUCGAACAAUCAAACUAUGGGUUUUGGAGACCAAAGAAAUCUACAGACACUUCACAGGACAUGCAACGCCUGUUUCCUCACUCGUCUUCACUACUGUCAGACCUCCUAGUGAGAGCCAGCCCUUUGAUGGGGUCACAGGCCUUUAUUUCCUGUCAGGAGCAGUGCAUGACCGGCUACUUAACGUCUGGCAGGUCCGGUCAGGAAACAAAGAAAAGAAUGCAGUGAUGUCUUUUACAGUUACAGAUGAACCUGUCUAUAUUGACUUGACGUUGUCAGAAAAUAAAGAAGAGCCUGUCAAGUUAGCUGUUGUUUGCAAAGAUGGUCAAGUUCAUCUUUUUGAACACAUAUUAAAUGGAUACUGCAAAAAGCCUUUGACUUCAAAUUGCACAAUUCAGAUAGUGACACCUGGGAAAGGCAAGAAAUCAACACCAAAACCCAUUCCUAUUCUAGCAGCUGGGUUUUGCUCAGACAAAAUGUCAUUGUUGCUUGUAUACGGCAAUUGGUUUCAGCCCACCAUUGAGCGAGUGGCUUUAAGUUCCAAAGAACCUCACAUGUGUUUAGUAAGAGACAUUUCAAACUGCUGGGCCCCCAAAGUAGAGACGGCUAUAACAAAGGUGAGAACACCAGUGAUGAAUUCUGAAGCAAAAGUUUUGGUGCCUGGGGUACCUGGUCAUCAUGCAGCUAUCAAACCUCCUCCUUCACAAACUGAGGAGGUAGAGAGCAAGAGGAAAUUAGGGGAAAAUGAGAUUAGCAUUGAAGAGCGCCUGGGAGCACUGGAUAUAGAUACAAAGAAAGAGAAGGAUGACCUUCCACAGACAAAUAGCUUUCCAGUUCUUCUCACACAAGGAUUAGAAAGUAAUGAUUUCGAAAUGUUAAAUAAAGUACUUCAGACUAGGAAUUUAAACCUAAUUAAGAGGACUGUAUUAAGGAUGCCCCUGCAUGCUGUUAUUCCAUUGUUGCAAGAGCUUACAAAAAGAUUGCAGGGACAUCCUAAUAGUGCUGUUUUAAUGGUUCAGUGGCUAAAAUGUGUGUUAACGGUCCAUGCAUCCUAUCUAUCCACAUUGCCUGAUCUGGUACCCCAGCUGGGGACACUAUACCAGUUAAUGGAAAGCAGAGUAAAAACUUUUCAGAAACUCUCCCACCUUCAUGGAAAGCUUAUUCUUCUGAUUACUCAAGUCACAGCUUCAGAGAAAUCAAAGGGAAUGACUUGUCCUGAGCAAAAGGCAAAAUUGGUAUAUGAGGAAGAGUCUUCUGAAGAGGAGUCAGAUGAUGAAAUAGAGAAGGAUUCUGAUGAUAAUUGGGAUGAAGAUGAGGAAGAUAAAGAAAGUGAAAAAGAUGAGGAUGUUGAUGAAGAGGAGGAAGAGGAAGAGGAAGAUGCUGAAGAAAAAGACGAGGAAAAUGGUGAGGACAGAGAUGUGGCAAGUGAGAAGGAAUUAAAUGGAGAUUCUGAUUUAGAUCCUGAAAAUGAAAGUGAAGAAGAAUGAAGAUGGAAAAGAAGCCAAUGGAACUAUGUAAUCUCUGGCUUACCUUGCCCAGUGCUGCCGAGUUCUCCUGGGAGGGUUGUCUCUGGGACGGAUGCCAAGGACCGUUGCACAUUUCCAAGUUCCUCAUGGUGGUUCCCAUGCCAUCUUGCUGUCCUGAGCACCCCAGACUUAGCUGUGUAAAUAAGAGUGUUUCAUUCAAAUGUUAAUAAACUUUACACAGUAAAUAGA